AUGAUAUCUCCCCCUUCCCGCGCCCCCGCGCCCCCACCGCCCCCACCGCCCCCACUGCGCCUGGGACGGAUGCCGAUUUUAAUUAAUGGAAAAAUAGACCCGCGAUUGGACACAAUAAUUGUGAAAACGGUGGCAAUGGAGAAAGGGAUAGAGAGCGAAUUCAAUCGACUUUAUGCAGUAGCGAAAAUAAAGCAGAAGACAGUGUAUCUCAAAGAGACACGGGAGAGAGUAAUUGUGCGCACAGCAGGUGGGCCGGCUGCGAUGAUGGACGACUCGCAGUCCUCUGACAGGAGUUGGUUAUUUAAUUACAGGGGGCGCUCAGGUGCUGAGUUGGAAGCAAGCGAGUUGAGUUUACGCUUCCGAAGUGAUACA